GUGGUCGUAGCCGAGGAGGCAAUACCAGACUUUUGCAAUGAAAUUUUGCCCUUUUCUGGCCGUGCUCAUGCCAAAUACAUCAGCAGUGAUGAAUCCAAAGAAAACAUCACCCCUGCCGAGUUUGACGGCCUUAAGAAGUACAACUAUGGGAAGAGUGAUGUUGGCAAGGCAGCAGACUUAAUGGAGUCUAACAAUCCAGGUGAUCGGGAUGACGUUGCGCUUAUCACUCCUCAGAAGGACACCGAUUGUUCUGAUUGGCGUAUUGGGGAGUCAAACACACCAGUGGAUUUCUCUAAUGUCACCGUGGAUGCUUUUGGCAUUUCAAGUGAAAGCUUCGCUAACUGUGUAGGAAAAUCUCCCAGAUCUCUGCACAAACACAGACGCAGAUCUACAAUCGGUGUACGCGGAUCUCCCGAAAUGAACUUUCUGAUUCGCCAAAUUGCACUGCAGAGAAGCAAGAAGACCAGCCCUGAGCCCCUGUCAAACCCUUUAUUUCUCCACGGAAUUCAA